UUCAUGGUGGCGCACCAGCCGGAAAGUUUCGCUCGCUUCUUGGCAUCCGGCGAUGAAAACUUCGCCCGCGAGCGAAAAGGUGUCAACGUUACCAGAACGCAGUGGAAAACCGGAUGCAAAAUCAAACUCUCAAACUGUUAAUUUCUAAGGCUAAAUUCUGUGUGUGUGCAGUUGGUGGAUAUGCCAGAUACAGAUGACUGUUCAGAUCCAGAUCGGAGAGAAGCCACAAUAAAGCCCGGGCGAGAAAUCAAACGAUCGGCAGCACAACAAGCACUCAACGCACAUUAACGCAAAACGCUUCAAAUUAACACUGAGCGCUAAAUACAAAAUACAAAACAGCAAGAAUAAUACAAUCUACAAGCCAUGGAUACAAAGGCAACUACUAAGCGGGCCGAAAUUGAUCAGUUUUUGUUGGAUGUCCGCGCCCAUUUCCGCGCCUCGCUGGAGACCUCGGAGUACGAGAACGCCUCGAACCUCUUCCACAUGACGGCCGCCGAGCAGACCGCCGCACUUCUGACUCGCUGCGAGAUUCUGCUGGCUGCAUCUGGAUGUGGAUCUGGGUCUGGAUCGGGAUUGGGAUGCGCAGACGAGCAGGCGGCAGGCAACCACCGAACCAGCCUGGUCGACUGCGUCGAUAGCAAGGUGGGCGGGGAGACCGGUCCCAGUGGCUAUCUGGAGAUGCUCGCCUCCCCGUCAUCCUCGAAAAACUCGCUGUCUGCCUCGCGGGAAUACAUUGAUCUGGGCAGCAGCGGGUCCCUGGAUCGGUGCUCCGCCAACCAACCGGUUGGUGGCUUGGCAGAUAAGGAGCCACAUCAGCAGCUCUACGAGAUCUGCCAGGGUCAGGGAACGGGUCAGGACGAGGACGAGGCCCAGCAGGCGAUAACCUUCACCCACGAACUGAUCAUCGACUGUCCGUACGCGGAUCUGCCCGCUGGUCACCUGGCCCUGCAGCGCUCCACCAAAUACGGUCAGCUGCAGCGGAUCGUUCCGAAACGCUUAUUCUUUGACCAGACCCGCAAGUGCUACUGUGGCAUCCUCAACGACUGGAUGCUGUGCUACGCCGAUGGACCGACCGCCUGCAGACCCAGCAGCACCCUUUACCUAAAGUGCUCAUCCAUUGAGAUCGAGCACUUCGGGGAGGGCAAGCGUCGAGAUAUCUGCUUCCAGAUCACCACCGACGACCCCAACAAGAAGUUCGUGUACCAGGCCAACAACGAAGUCGAUGCCAAAGAGUGGAUACACGCCAUCGAGGCGGCCAUCCGCGGAGAUGUCGGGGCCCAUCCGCAUCUAAAGAGUCCACCCCCUCGAAAACUGCCCACACCGCCGGUCCAGAAGAAAUCCACCUACACAGCAGCGGAUAUCAUAUACGAGGAGCCCUCGCCCAUUUAUGGCCUGAUGGACUCGUCGACCAUGGUGUUGCCCAAGCUGCCAGAGAAGAACAACAGUCCCAACGCCCUGGCCCGACGGUUUGAGUACGAUGUGCCCAAGUGUCCGGCCCAGCCUCUGCAGGAGGCCUCCGCCAGAGUAGUCUCCGUUGGUGGGGAGGUGGAAUCCCUGGGGCUGCUCCACGAACCCGACAUGAAGGUUCAACCUCUUCCUUCCAGCCUGCAUGGCAACAUGUCGUUGGACUUCCAGGCCAGGGUGAAGACUGUGCACAGCGAGCUCUCCACCCAGCUGUCGGCGGGCGGUCCAAGUCCGGAUCGCCUGAAGAAGGCCGUGAAGAAGAGCUACACGAAUGGCAGCGAAACGGAAAUGCUGUCGCCGCUGACCAGUCCCGCCCACACACCCACAAAGGAGCAGAAGAAGCAGCGCAAAUCGCCGACCAUGCCACAGAUAAGCCCGGUCAGCAAGGACUGUGAUAAGCUUGCCCGGAACUGGUUCCUCAGUCGCCUCAACAAAAGUGCCGGAUCGAAGACGACCACCGCGGGCAGUGGAUCACCGAACAAUACCAAGUGCAAGCAGAGCGAGAAGGAGAACCUGCUCACAGAUGCUGAACUGGGCGAGGGUUACGAUGCAAGUCCGGGUGACCGUGAUCAUGGCUUGCCGGGUAGCCCGCCUACGUCGCCGUGCCUCAAGGCGGAGGCCAAGAGCAAGGUCAAUAUGAUCAUCAACCAGUUCGAGAGCAGCGGCCACCUAUCCACCAUGUUCAGCGUGGAGGCGCUGGCCGCCAAUGCACUCGCCUCGCUGACAUCCUUCUGCGAAAGUGAUGGUUGCAACAAUUACGAGCCAAUCAUGCCGUUGGCCACGACGCCCAGCAGCUUCCUGAAGAAAGUGUAGACUGCCGCACACUCGUCAUCCGCUUUGCAACGUCCGACAUCCUGGAGAGCCUGUUCGUCUCUGUAUUGUAGAUUUAAUCCUUAAGCUAGUGAAACCACGCUCCGGAUGUCACAUAAACUUUGACAUAAAAUUUUAAUAUCAAAACAUAA